GAAUCUCUCUUUAUUUCUCUCACUCUUUGUCUCAAAACCAAAAUUUUCCAAAACUCUCAACUCUCAUCAACCUCUCUCUCUCUCUCUCUCUCUCUCUCUCUCUCUCUCCUCCCCUGUCCAGUUCCAAACUCACAGCCUCUGACCUGCAAUUUAUUUACCUCUGACAGGCUCUUAAUUUUGCUUCCAGUUCCUCUGAGUGAUGGGUAUGAUCUCUCCUCACUCCCACAAUUCCCACAUUAUAGUAAUUCUCAUCACCUGCUUCUUUUGUCAUAAAUUUUAGAUCAAACUCCACACCCUGAUCCACCCUUUUACUCCUUAUGGGGCAUCAAAUGAAUAUGACUCUCUAAUCUAAAACUCCCUCUUAGAACAAACAACACACACACUUCAAAGUCCACACUACCAACCCCCCAAAAAGUUCUGUUCCCAUGGCAGGUGGCAAGCUUUAUGGUGCCUCAAACAUGUCACUUCUCCUCCAAAAUGAAAGACUCCCCUGCUCCUCUGAAGUCCUCGAGUCUCUCUGGGCUCACACCUCUAACCCUCCCUCUUUCCAAGGUUCAAAGUCGGUGGUUGAUUUUGAGAAUGUUAAUGGGAGCAGGGUGGUGGAUAGGCCCUUCUUUCAAGCGCUUGAGAAGGAAGAGAACGGUGAUGAGGAUUAUGAUGGGUGUUUCCAUCAACCGGGAAAGAAAAGAAGGCUCACAAGUGAACAAGUUCAGUUCCUUGAAAGGAACUUCGAGGUAGAGAACAAGCUUGAACCUGAAAGGAAGGUUCAACUUGCAAAGGAGCUUGGCUUGCAGCCAAGGCAAGUUGCUAUAUGGUUCCAAAACAGAAGGGCAAGGUUCAAGACCAAACAGCUAGAAAAAGACUAUGGCACAUUGAAAGCUAGUUAUGACAGACUCAAAGGUGACUAUGAAAAUCUUCUUCAAGAGAAUGACAAGUUAAAAGAAGAGGUGAAUUCUCUCAAGAACAAGUUGAUUCCUAGAGAUAAAGAGGAGGAGAAUUCAGAUGACAAGUCAUCUCCUGAUGCUGUCAAUUCACCCCACAAAGAGCCUAUGGAUUUAAUUUCAAAUGCAACAUCUGAAAAUGGGUCUAAAGUGUCACUCCCUAUUAUGGUAACAUGCAAGCAAGAAGAUGCCAAUUCAGCUAAAAGUGAUGUGCUUGAUUCGGACAGCCCACAUUGCACUGAUGGGAACCAUCCUUCCUCAUUUGUGGAGCCUGCAGAUUCUUCCCAUGCUUUUGAACCAGAUCAGUCAGAUUUCUCCCAGGAUGAAGAGGAUAACCUUAGUGAAAACCUUUUGACCCUCCCUUGCUUACCAAAGGUUGAAGAUGCCUGUUAUGACGACCCUCCUGAAAACUCUUGUAAUUUUGGCUUCCAGGUUGAAGAUCAAACCUUCUGUUUCUGGCCCUUCUGAAUGCCUACACUUAGUGCAAUGUUGAAAAAGUUGGCGGUUGUAACUCUGUACUAGAAGCAAUAAAAAUGGUAUUACUUCU